GCAACUACAGAAGAAAUAAAAAAACAUUUUGAUCGUUGCGGAUUUAUCGUCAGAGCAACAAUUUUAUCUGAUAAAUGUAGUGGGAAUCCGAAAGGAUUUGCGUACAUCGAAGUCUCGAAUGAUCGUUCAGUGGAGCUGGCUUUGGCAUUGAACAAUUCAAUUAUACAAGACCGGCUGAUCAUAGUGAAUGUUAAAAGAAAAAACAUUCGAAAAACAACAUGUACGGACUAA